AGAAAAAUCUACAGAAACCUAUAUGAUAUGGCUUAAAAAUUUGCGAGUUCCAAUCUUACUCGCAAUAAUAUUAGUGGUUUAUAAUGAGUAUUUUAUAUUUUUUAUUGCAUUUUCAAGUUGUCAAUGGCCCUGUAAAUAUGGAAGAUGUUCCGAAUCUAGUGUAAAAGCAUUCAUGAUCUCAGAUACACAUUUAUUGGGAAAGAUUAAUGGACAUUGGUUGGAUAAAUUGAAGAGAGAAUGGCAAAUGUAUCAGUCUUUUUGGAUUUCCACGUGGAUUCACUCUCCUGACGUCACUUUCUUUUUGGGAGACCUGAUGGAUGAAGGAAAAUGGGCGGGGCGACCGGUGUUUGAAGCUUAUGCUGAAAGAUUUAAAAAAUUGUUUGGAGACAAUGAGAAAGUUAUUACUCUGGCUGGAAAUCAUGAUCUUGGAUUUCACUACGCAAUAAUGCCAGAAACUUUGGAAAUGUUCAAAAAAGAGUUCCGAAGAGGUCUAAUUGAUGAGAUGAAAAUCAAAAAGCACCGAUUUGUGCUCAUAAAUUCGAUGGCAAUGCAUGGAGAUGGAUGUAGAUUGUGUCAUGAAGCAGAGCUUAUCCUGGAGAAAAUAAAGAGCAGAAAUCCGAAAAAUCGACCAAUUGUUCUGCAGCAUUUUCCGCUUUAUAGAAAAAGCGAUGCAGAGUGCGACCAAGUUGAUGAGCAACACGAGAUUGAUCUGAAAGAGAUGUAUCGAGAACAAUGGGAUACGCUAUCCAAAGAAUCUUCACUUCAAAUAAUUGAUUCCCUGAAUCCUAAAGCAGUUUUCGGGGGACACACACAUAAAAUGUGCAAGAAAAAGUGGAAUAAAACUGGCAAUUCAGAGUAUUUUUAUGAAUACACUGUAAAUUCGUUUUCAUGGAGAAACGGAGAUGUUCCGGCAAUGCUGCUUGUUGUUAUCGAUGGAGAUAAUGUACUAGUGAGCAGCUGUCGUCUCCCCUCCGAAAUACUACAAAUUAUGGUAUAUAUAUUUGGCGGCAUUGGUAUCGUGAUUUUAGCAUUUAUUUUAAUUAGUCGACGAGUAAGAAUUUUCAAGCGCCGUCCCUCCUAUUCGCUUUUAAUGUACAGAUCUCAAGAAAAAUGUGAUUGAUCAUCAAAUGUGAUUUUGUUUUUUCAAAUGAAUAAAAGUUUUGAUAAUUUU